AUGCAAGAACUCACCCAUAAGACAAUCAAGGACGGAUGGUUCCGUGAGGUUUCCGACACCAUGUGGCCUGGUCAGGCUAUGUCUCUGCGCGUCAAGCAAAUACUGCACGUAGAGCAGUCCAAGUACCAGGACAUUCUUGUGUUUGAGAGCACCGACUACGGCAACGUGCUUGUCCUCGACGGAGCCAUUCAGGCCACCGAGCGGGACGAGUUUGCUUACCAGGAGAUGAUUGCUCACCUGGCCAUCAACUCGCACCCGGACCCCAAGAAGGUUCUGGUCAUUGGUGGUGGUGACGGCGGCGUUUUGCGUGAGGUCGUCAAGCACCAGGGCGUCGAGGAGGUUGUUCUAUGCGACAUCGACGAGGGCGUCAUCAAUGCUUCCAAAAAGUUCAUGCCUAGCAUGGCGGUCGGCUUCCAGCACCCCAAGGUCAAGGUGCACAUUGGUGACGGCUUCGAGUUCCUCAAGAAAUACAAGAACUCGUUCGAUGUCAUCAUCACCGACUCCUCUGAUCCCGAGGGCCCUGCCAAGUCACUUUUCGAGGAGCCUUACUUUGCCCUGCUCUCCGGUGCUCUGACUGAGAAGGGCGUCAUCUCCACCCAGGGUGAGUGCAUGUGGCUGCAUCUGCCCAUCAUCAAGGAAGUCAUGGCCGCCUGCCGCAAGGUCUUCCCCACGGUUGAGUACGCCUACACCACCAUCCCCACUUAUCCCUCUGGUCAGAUCGGCUUCAUGAUCUGCUCCAAGGACCCCAAUGCCAACCCUAGGGUCCCGCUUCGCAAGUGGUCCCCCGAGGAGGAGGCCCAGCUCACAAAGUACUACAACUCAGAGAUCCACAAGGCUGCCUUCGUGCUGCCUACCUGGGUCGCCAAGGAGCUAUCGACUUAG